AGCCUCAGCACUGGAGACCUCCUCUUAACUUCCCCUCUGAGGUCAUCACACGCCCUGUGCCCGAACCUCCCGGAAGACACUCCCACCCCAGGUUUCUGUUUCUGAGUAGUAGAGACUGGAGGCAUCCAACAAUUUUCUGAGCAUUUCCUGUAGGCUCCUUUGGGUGCCAGCUGUGCAGUUGAGAGCCCCUGCGCCUGCUGGCGACUCCGGGCCCCCAUCCUAGACUCCGGGCUGGAGCCUGCCCUCCCGGCUGCAGUUCAGGCAAGGUGCAGCCCUGACUUGUGCAACCCGUACCGCAGGCUUCCGCCUCCGCCCAGCCCACAGGCACCUCCUCGAGGCGCCUUCCUCUUCGGUGGCCACCAUGAUGCCUGCCAGGCUGCUAUGGGGGGCCUGCGUGACCCAGGGGGUCUUUGCGCUGCUGCUCUGCUGUCUGUGGGCCCAAGGUCCCCAGGGGCAGACGUUGCCCCUGCACCUGGAGUCCCCGGCUGCGGUGCCUGCUGGCGGCGGCCCCGUCUUGGUUAACUGCAGCACGCAGUGCCCCAGCCCCUCCCACCUCAGGCUGGAGACAUCCCUGCUGAAGCAGCCGAAUGGCAGCGGCCCCGGCUGGGCCACCUUCUGGCUCAGCAACAUGACAGAAGAUAGCACCAUCAUAUGCUCCGCGCUGUGUGGUGAUGCGCAAGUGACAAACUCCUCCAAGAUCACCCUGUACAGCUUCCCGGAGCAGGUGGAGCUGCGCCCCCUGCCGCCCUGGCAGCCCGCGGGCCAGGACCUCGCCCUGCGCUGCCUCGUGGUGGGAGGGAAGCCCCGGGACCGGCUCACCGCCGUGCUGCUCCGGGGACAGGACCAGCUCAGCCGGCAGCCCGUGGUCGGGGAGCCCGCCGAGGUCACGGCCCCCGUGCGGGUGGGCAGGGCCGACCAUCUCGCCAACUUCUCGUGUCGCACGGAACUGGACCUGCGGUCCCAAGGCCUAGAGCUCUUCCUCAACACCUCGGCCGCCAGGCAGCUCCGGACGUUCG